AUGGAAAAUGGUGGAACAAGAGAGAGAAUUGUUCUUGAAGGUAGUCUUGAAGUUGGAUUUGUGACAUCCAACCCUGAAAACCGUCUCAUUACUAAAGUGCUAGAAAAGGGUGAUGUGUUUGUGUUUCCUAUUGGUCUUGUUCAUUACCAAAGGAAUGUGGGAAAUGGUAAUGUCAUUGCCAUUGCAGCUUUGAGCAGCCAGAAUCCAGGUGUGAUUACCUUUGGAAAUGCAGUGUUUGGUUCUACCCCAGAGAUCCCUAAUGACAUUCUUGUGAAGGCUUUCCAGUUGGAUAAGAAUGUU